AUGGACGAAAAGCCGUUUAAAGUCGUCAUUGUGGGUGGCAGCAUUGCUGGACUCUCGCUAGCCUUGAUGCUAGAGAGGAAUGGCAUCGACUUCGUCAUCCUUGAAGCAUACGGCAGCAUUGCACCCCAGGUCGGGGCUAGUUUUGGCGUUUUGCCAAACGGCUUUCGCAUUCUCGAUCAGCUGGGUUGCUAUGAGUCGGUUUUAAAGAUGGCAGAAUACCCUGUCGACACAUUCUGCUUCCGUGAUUCGCAAGGACAACCAUUCUGGACAUUCGAGAACUUUAACGAGACUUCAAUCGGAAGUCAUGGUUAUCCUGUUGUCUUCCUGGAUCGCCGAAUGUUGAUAGAAGUCCUCUAUGAAAAGAUCCAGGAUAAGACCAAAGUGAUCACCUCUCAGCGGGUCCAGACUAUUGAAAAUGGUACUUUGGGUGUGACAAUUACCACAACGAGUGGUCAAGCCUACACCGGAAAUAUCGUGGUCGGAGCAGACGGAAUUCAUUCCAAAGUGCGGCAAGAAAUGUGGAAAGCGGCCGAAAAGAUAGAUCCCACGUGGAUUGAUCCUACAGAAAAAUCUGCACUGCCUGCAACCUACGCAUGCAUCUUCGGCAUUUCCAAAGGUGUGAAGGGAAUCGAGAAAGGCACGCUGAGCUCGGUGUUCAAUGAGCAUUUCUCGUAUCUUAUUGCCAGCGGACCCGGAGACCUCACCUACUGGUUUCUCGUGCGGAAUAUGGGAAAGACGUACUAUGGUGCAGAUAUCCCUCGGUUCACCAAGGAGGAGGAGGAGGCAUGCGCAACGGAACAUUUCGACGACCAGAUCACUCCUACGCUUCAAUUUUCCGCUCUGUACAAGGGCAGAAUCGCCUCGGUAUACACCAGUCUGCCAGAAUACGUCUAUAAAAGAUGGCAUUUCCAGAGAAUUAUGACCAUUGGCGACGCCAGUCACAAGUUUGAGCCUUUGACAGGCCAGGGAGGCAAUAAUGCAAUGGAAACCGCUGCAUCCCUGACAAAUCAUCUCAUUGCGGCCCUCAAAAACUGCCAGUCUGGCAGCCUCUCGUCGGCAGAAAUUUCGAAGGUCUUUGAGAGCGUUCAACAGCAGCGUGAAAAACGUGCGUGGGGAUUGGUCAAAGUAUCCCAUGCCCGGCAGCGCAUGGAGUGCCAGGAAACGCCCUUGUUGAAGUUCAUGGCAAGAUACGUGGUGCCACGCCUCUCUAGAUCCGCUGUCCUCAACAAAUGGGUCGACACGUAUUCUCCCGCAGUGUCCUUAGACAUGCUUCCGCUACCACACAGGCCUCGAGAAAUUGCAUAUUUCGACGAGCGGUUCAGGCUUCCGUCAUCUCGGGGCAUGGUAAGCAUCUUGUUGUACGCUGCGUACUUUCUCUUAGCCUGGUUAGGCCAUCGCCAAUUGUCAACAGCACUCAGAGCAAAUGGAACAAUGGGGUUGGUCCGCCAGGCAAUCCAGAACCAGUCGGUCCUACUACCAGGAGGAGUUGAAGCUCCCCUUCGCCAGGUGUAUACAGGGCUCGGACCUGUUGAUCUCAUUUUGAAAAUCUUGGUGACAAUAUUCCUGCCAGCGGUCUCCAACUUCUCCACGCCGGAGCAGCCAUUCCAAGUUCUAUACUUCCUGGGUUCGCUGAUGCCGAUUAUCGCUAUCUUGACGGUUGAAGGUUUCCGACCAAGGAACAAAUGGACCCUUCUUGCCACUCCGAGUCUAUGGGCGGUUCUAUAUCAGUUGCGAGGGAUGGGGCUGGUUGCACCGCUCUAUUUCGCAUCGAGCACGUAUAUUUCCUCUGGGAUACCAUACUUCUCCCCAAGUUCCCGCACACUGCCUGAAUCCACUGCUCGAGCUAUACUGCCUGCACUGGUACUGGGAUUCGUUGUGCCCACAAUCAUGCUGUUCUUCCCACUGGCUGAUGCUCUGAACACGCGACAGAUCUUUAUUGCACUGUGGCAGCCCGCUCCGGUAUAUGUGGUUAUCUUGACUCAGAUAUUCUCUCGUGCCAUCAAAUCGAUCGGUUCAAGCACACCAGCCAAGACCAAUAGCGCCCCAGCGGAGAGGAAACCUAACCGUGACAUCACACACUUGAAAACACUCUACGCUGUGGCCGGUUGUGUAUCUGCUUGUUUCCAUGUGGCCUUGUUGCUGAGCUGGGCUGCUUUGGGGACAAACUUUAUUACCAAGGCAUUCAUCCCAUCCGAUGCCUUCGCACAGGUGGCAACACUUGCAGACGGUGUCUUCAUAUUUUUCCAGAACGACUUCUUGCUUGUUGCAGCAGCAACUCUCCUGUGGUGCUUAGCUAGCAUGUGGGAUCUUUACCGCAUUGGGGUUUCUAACGUCUCCUGGCAGGUGGCACUGGCCGGUAUGGUUCUGGGUUCCGUGGCAAUUGGACCGGGUGCGACCGCGGCAGCUGUGUGGUAUUGGCGCGAGGAGGUCAUGAGUCAGACAUCUUUCCGCCGGCAUGGUCCGGAUCUCUAG